AUGCUACCCAUAUUCGAAACACUAUACACGAAGCGCAUCUAUGUCCGGGCAAUGCUAGUUGGUGGCCUGCUGCUCACGGCGUGCCUUGCCAGGCGGACGGUCUCGGUGGUCGGCGCGCCGGUGAAGAGGGAUGAGCCGGUCAAGAGGGACGAACCGACCUCGACAAUCCGAAGCACCACGACGAGGACGACAACGGUCACGAUUGCGUACAAGCCAACACUCGUGCCAGGAGAUGCAAAAUACGAAUUGCUGGGCUGUUAUGGUCAGAGUGGUCUAGACGGCGCGGGAGGUCAUCCAUUUGGAAAAGAGUCGGAUUUCGCAUCGCCAUCGUCGGUCAACACUACGGAGCUCACCGUAUACUCGUGUCUUCAAGGAUGCUUUGCGCUCUCGCCGCCGAAAGGAGCAUCAGCGGAUCAUUUCAAAUAUGCCGGCAUGAAGAAUGGAAGCGAAUGCUAUUGUGGUAUGACGAUUGCUUCAGACGCAGAAAAGCUCGACGCCAAGAACUGCACGAGGCCAUGCUCUGGAGAUCCCAAGCUCUCGUGUGGUGGAAGCGAAAACCUUGCAAUAUACAAUUACGUUCCAGACGCAAAGAAGGCCGUGGCAUCAGACGCAACCCCGACGCAGUCCAGCAACAGCAACGAACCCAAACCCAACCGGCUUCCUCCCACCAGUGCAGCACCAGAUAAUCAGGGCUCUGGCUCAUCUAGUCCAGUCGGUGCCGUCGCAGGCUCGGUAUCAGGCAUUCUAGUCCUUGCGGCCAUCCUCUUCUUCUGCCUCCGGUUCCAGCGAAAGAAAAAGGCUUUGCAGAAUGCUCACGUUGAUGCCAUGCUGUCCAAGCAUCAGGACUCCACUGCCGUAAAGCAGAAGCAGCCUUUGGGGAUAUUGGCUACCAAUGCUAAUGUACACGACGACAUCCACUUGGCCAUCAAGGAAGGUUUGGUACCGACGACACCAGCGUUGGAGAAGGGCGCCAAGCAACAAAACCUUUCACCCAAGCCAGCUCACAUGGUUGCAACAGGCGAACAUCCGGCCCAAGAUAGAGACAGCCUAUACACCACCCUCAUGUCCGACACAAAUACUGGGCUGGCAGUCCCGACAGAGGGCAACAGCUCGGCGGUGCAGUGGCGCACGAUCGACCACAGCGCAAACGGUGUCCCCUCGUCGCCACGAAUCGCGAGUCCGCCGCCUUCAGCUGGUAUCCACGGACUCGGUGACCGGGCCUGGCAUCGCCGGCGUUUGUCGACCCCAUACGGCCCGCCCAAUGCACCGCUGCCACCUGGUCCACCCCAUCUCCUGAGCAGAGGUCCCGGGUAUGGACGGGGAGGCGCAGCACCUCAGAGGCCGCCGCGUCGUGGUAGCGUGGCGACCUUUGAAGUGGGAAGAGAUACUCCGCUGCAGAGCCCCUCGACCAUGAGCUUCACCAGCACGAGCACCGAGGGCGUGAGACCGGUGCCUCCGCUGAAGCUGCAGAGGCCGGGCGCGGGACCUGGUCUCAAUGUCCAGACCAGCCAGCUCGGCCGAGGUGGGAGGAGUCUGACGGGUGCCCGAGACAUGGUCGGCGCGCGCAAGGACAUGCAGCCAACGCUGCCAAAACUCCCGCUGGUACAGAGGCCCGAGACCAUGAACUUUGACAGCCCCAUCCUCCCCCCUCUCGAGGCAGGAGAGAGGUUCAACUUUGACUCGAGAGUCUGGAAGGACUUGCCGAGCCCGCCAAUGCAGGGACACGGUGUGCCUUUUGUCGCCUCGCCGCCGGACAGCCGCAGCAGCAAUGAGAAGGACAAUACACUGAAGCGGCACGUCAAUGAGGACGGAGUGAGCCCGGCUUCGGCUUCGACGGUUGGGUCCAGUAUCUUGGGGAGUCCGACGAUAAUGGAUUGGGCGGGGAGAUGA